AUGGAGCUGAAUCAUGGAGUGAGGGAGAAGAGGCAGAGGACUGAGCCUCCUGUGCAGAUGGGGACAGACAACUGCCCCCUUGCUCCUCCCCUGCUCUCACUGCCCCACUGGGAUCUGCAGCUGAUGGAAGCAUCACCUUCUAGAAGACAGAGUGGUUGGUUCCCUGCAGACUGCAGUCACCUCCACAUGAACAGCCCCAGCGGGGUCUACGUCAUCCAGCCAGCAGGAUCCCCUCCCCGCGUGGUGUGGUGCGACAUGGACACCGAAGGCAAGGGCUGGACUGUGGUCCAGAGAAACUCUUAUGACACUGAGCUGACCUGGAAGCAAUCCUGGACCACCUACAAGUACGGCUUUGGGAACGUGCAGGGCGAUCACUGGCUGGGCACCGAGUACCUGCACCUGCUGACCCAGCAGGGCACCUACAAGGUUCGCUUCGUGGUGAGGAACAAAGCCAACGUCACUCACUACGCCGAGUAUGACAUCUUCAGGGUGGAGAGCGAGGCCACUGGGUACCCGCUGAGGCUGGGCCGCUUUUCCGGGGAUGGGGAUGACUACCUGACCGGCUACCACCCCAAGAAGGGAGGCAUACACGACAACAUGAAGUUCAGCACCACCGACAAGGACCAGGACCAGUACAGUGGCAACUGCGCCAACUACUACGGGGGGUGGUGGUACGACAGGUGCCAGAACGUCCUGCUCAAUGCCAAGAACCACAUCCUGUGGCCAGGCUUCUGUGACAACGGCGACUGCUCCUCCUCCCUCAUCCUGGUCAAACCCACAGACGUGUGCUGA